UUCAAGUGGGCUUAUUGCAAUACGUAGUUCUGCAAAUAAGCUUCGGUAAGCAACAUUAUACGCUAUAAAUAAAUUCAAAGCCACCGGAACUACGUUUGUUUAUACCGAAUAUUACUGUUGUUUUCUUCUGCCCUUAACCAGCAUCAUUUAAAAGAGAAUAAUGCUACAUCGGCGAGUUCAUUUUAAGUCUCAGUCCACUUUGGACUUUGAUAGUAUUGCUGUUAGUAUUUCAGCUAGCACAAUGAAAAAUGAGCUCGAUAAGCUGCUACAGAACUCAAAGGUUACUGAUCGACGAAUUUUUAACCUUCAGAUGGAAAACUUUUUUGCUCUGUAUCGCAGAUAUUUAUUACACACAGUAAAAGGAUAUGAGUGUGAUUGGGAUUCGAUUCGGCCUUUAGGCCCGAAGGAUGUCACGGAUUACAUGGAUUUACCUCCUUGUGAGCAAGGAUCACAGUACCUUGAUCGGAUAGCAGUUCUAAAAUUGAAUGGUGGAAUGGGGAAUAAUAUGGGUAUCAAUAAGCCGAAAGCUUUAAUCGAGCUUCAUGACAAUCAAACGUUUCUUGACUUAAGUAUCCAGCAGAUUGAGUACCUUAAUAAACGAUAUGAUGUAGCGGUUCCUUUUUUGUUAAUGAACUCUUGUGUUACGAAUGACGAAACAUGUAAAGUUCUUCGAAAAUAUACUGGCUACAAUCUUGAUAUAUCUACCUUCGAGCAAUCUCGUUUCCCUCGUGUCCUCGUAGACUCUCAGCUUCCUAUUCCCAAAACUGCUCCUUCUCCCAUUGAGGAAUGGUAUCCACCGGGGCAUGGGGAUAUUUUUGAAGCACUCGUUCACUCCGGAAUCAUAGACCGUUUACUUGCCCAAGGAAAAGACUACUUAUUCGUGAGCAACAUUGACAAUUUAGGUGCCUCCGUUGAUCCCAAAAUUCUUUGUCAUGUUAUAGAAAACCAAAUAGAGUAUACGAUGGAGGUCACUGAUAAAACGAAAGCUGAUGUAAAGGUUGGUAUCCUCGUUAAUCAGGAUGGCAUUUUACGAUUAUUAGAACGGAAUCAGGUUCCAGAAAAACACCAGGAAGAAUUUACCUCAGAUCGAAUUUUUAAAAAUAUCAACACGAAUAAUGUCUGGCUUUAUCUGCCAGCUGUCAAACGAGUAGUCGAAAAUCGGGAACUGAACUUGGAUGUUAUGCCCAACAUUGAAACUAUCAACCACAACGAUGAGACAGCUAGGGUUAUUGAGUUCACAACUUCUAUUGGUUCUGCCAUCAGUCAAUUCAAAAAAACCGAAGGAAUUAAAGUGCCACGUCAAAGAUUUAUUUCUGUAAAAACAUCUGCAGAUCUGCUCCUCGUACGUGGUGAUUUAUAUUCCAUAGACCAUGGAUCUUUAUUAGUUGAGGAUUCAAAGGUUGGAUUUCCUCCUCCUGUUGUCAACUUAACCAAUGAAUUUGUUGACGUAGCACAAUUAUUUCGUCGGAUACCGCACAUGCCGAGCAUUAAAGACUUAACUUCAUUAUCGAUAUCUGGUAAUGUUUAUUUUGGGAAAAAUGUAGUUUUGAAAGGCAAUGUUGUUAUUGUAGCAUCACCAAAUGCGACGCUGAAUAUCCCACCUAACGCUGUUUUAGAAAAUUGUGUAGUAUCUGGGAACUGUAAAAUAAUGGACCACUAAUGUUCUUUUGCUAAUUGCAAAAACUUUGAUGUAUGGAUUUUUAUGAUUAGAUAUGGAAUACUUUAAAUGGCUUAUUAAUACAAUUUCAUUAUUUCACUA